AUGCAUUCUCUUUCGUUUCCUUCUUCUUCUGCUCUUAUUCCUUCUCUGUUUGCCUUUGAUUCUUCACGUCUUCUCUCUUUCCAGCCAAAGAAGCUUCUUCCUCUUCAAAGUCCUAAACUUGUUUCACUCUCACAGUCGAAUGUCUCUCGUUACAGAGCGUUCUCUGUUUCUUCAACCUCUCCUCCAGAGGGGACAGUCUCCGUGGUCGAUUUCCAUGAGAAAGAUUGGUCCUUUCUCGAAUCCAUGGAAAUCGAAUCCGCUGAACAUAGACAGAAGAUCGAGAAGAUCAUAACCGCUGGAGAAAUAUCCGAAUCCUCGAAGGUUUUGGUUUCGUUUAGCUCAGAAGCAUUCGUUGAUCGUCUGGUUGAGUCUUCUCCUUCUCAGCUCCUGCUUAUCGUCCAUGACUCCCUCUUUGUGUUGGCCUGUGUGAAAGAGAAAUACGACAAAGUCAGUUGUUGGCAAGGAGAGUUGAUCUAUGUUCCUGAGAAAUGGUCUCCGUUAGACGUCGUGUUUCUCUACUUUCUUCCGGCAUUGCCUUUCGAGCUCGACGAGGUGUUCAAGCAACUGUCUCAACGUUGUUCCUCCGGUGCAAGAGUGGUAAUCAGUCAUCCGCAAGGUAGAGAAGGCUUGAAGCAACAGAGGAAGGAGUUUUCAGAUGUGGUCGUCUCUGAUUUACCUGAUGAUUCCACAUUGAGGACUGUUGCUAAGAAGCAUUCAUUUGAGCUGACCCAGUUUGUUGAUGAACAGGGACUUUACCUUGCUGUUCUCAAAUCAUCCAAACAAAUUUAG